ACCAACAAGUUUCUUAACUAGAGACAUUGGCAAGAUGAUCCUGUUAUGGGUUACACUGCUUGUUCUUCAUCAAGGAUAUGCCUUAGUUCCAGUGACCACUGUUCAACUCGGUGACUCUGCGACCUUCACAUGUGUUUUGCCUGAUGAAGAGCUGAGCAGUAGAAAGCUCCACUGGUACAAGCAGCGUGCCGGGGAUACUCUGAAAUUAAUUAUGACACUGUGGAAAUCUGCAAAACCUGAGUAUGCACCAGAGUUUUCUGAAUCAAGAUUAAAGGUAAAUACUGAUAAGAAUAUUAGCAACCUGACCAUUCUGAGGACAAUUCAAGAGGAUGAGGGAAUGUAUCACUGUGCAGUAACAGCAUGGAUUAAUCCUGAAUGGAGUGGGACAUAUCUGUUAGUAAAAGGAGACACUCAGAGGACAUCAAACUAUACUGUCAUUCAGGGGACAACAGUAUCUGAUCCAGACCGUCCAGGAGACUCGAUAACUGUUCAGUGUUCAGUCCUCUCUGAAUCUGACAACAAGACAUGUCCAGGAGAUCACAGUGUGUACUGGUUCAGAGCCGGAUCAGAUAAAUCUCAUCCAGACAUCAUUUACACUGAUGGAAAUGGACGUGAUGAAUGUGACAAGAGAUCUGACUCUCAGAAAAGCUGUGUUUAUCGCUUCUCUAAGAACGUCAGCUCCUCUGAUGCAGGGACUUACUACUGUGCUGUGGCCACAUGUGGAGAGAUAUUUUUUGGAGAAGGAACUAAAGUGGACAUUCAUGGAGCCAUUUGGUCACAAAAGGCCAGUGCAAUUCUAAUCCUGCUGUGUGCUGUCUUGGCUAUAAGUCUGAUUGUUAUAGCCUUCCUCAUUUACGGCAUGAAAACAAGCAAGUUUGAUUGUUCCAAUGCUGCUGUUGUCCUGCAAAAAAACUGCUUCAGUCUGAAAAGUCAACAGAGAGAUGAGGACACAUGGAUUUAUUCUGCUGUCGUCUUCGGCAUGAUGAAAGCUGACCGUGCAAUAAAGGAUGCAAAAGCAGCGGAGAGAGAGAGGAUCUACGCUGCUGUCAAGGCUUUUGGGUUGGAUUAG